GAGCCAUGCAAUUCUCUCCGGGCUGGUUGGUGUUGGUGUUCUCCCUGUUCCAUAGUGCACCUAGAGCUCCGGCCACUGUGGUUGAGGACUUCAACCAUGUAGAGCGAUGCAAGGACUCCUUAUACAUGGGAACCCCACCACGGGGAAUCAUUGAUGCCAAACUGAAGAAGAUUUGUCAGCGCUAUGCAGACAAGCCACGCUUCGUGACCCUAUACGACCCUCAGAAACGAAUCCCCGUCUACUCAGCCUACUCCUUCAAGAAGACCGAGGGAGACCGGCGUGUGGACUACCCCUGGAUGUAUGAGCCACAGCUGGCAGAUGUUGAUGGCAAUGGGAACAUGCUACCCUUCCCUACCGGCUACCUGCACAUGAAGUUUGAGGACAGCCAGGCAGUGCUGGACGACUACUCUGACGUGGUCCUGUAUGAACGUGGCCACCUCAACCCAGACCAGCACCAGUCUGACCCCCAUGACCGUGCCUCCACUUACACCCUGACCAACGUGGUGCCAGAGAUCAGAGAGUUCAACAUUGGGCCGUGGCGUGAGCACGAGGAGCGCGUCCGUGUCCGCCUCAACAACUACUGCCGCGGCACCGCCUUCAUCGUCACAGGGGUGACCACUACAGGUCACAUGAUUCGCCGGAACAACCAGGACCGUGUGGCCAUCCCUGAGGACGUGUGGACUGCCUACUGCUGCACCGACUACGACCGCAACGCCCCCCACGAUGUCCGCAUCCGCUUCCCCUCCCAGGCUGCCCUGGCCAAGAACGCCAAGGAGGGCAACAAAGUCAACGAGAUAACUGUCCAGGACUUGGAGAACUUCCUGAAGACACGGAUGGACGUGGACCAGAACCUGCAGCUCUUCUAUGACAACUGCAUCUCCCCAUCUCCCCUCCCUCUGUACCUCCACCACACCAUCUAAAAUCUCCCCAGCAGCUACCACACACACCUACUCUGUGUGCUCAAUGGUUUCCAACUAUCUCCAUAGCUCUACUAUUAUAGCAUUUUGAAUGUAAUGUAAUAAACACAUUCGCUUUUUUGGCCUUGAUAUGAAAUAGUAUCUCAAAUGCUCAGUGCACUAGUAGUUUUUAUAAUGAUAAAGUAUGAUGUGCACUGGUAGUUUGUUAAAAGUUUUGUAUUUGUAACAGAACAUUCAUAGCAUUUGUCAUGCUUUGGAAAUGCUUUUAUUAUCUAAGAUCUGCGUUUGCAAAUGACUUCUGUUGUAGCGUAGGCUAAUUGUCCCUCCAGAUGACUUAUGUUGUAAAGUAAACUAAUUGUCCCUCCAAAUGACUUCUGUUGUAGCGUAGGCUAAUUGUCCCUCCAUUCUCUGUAUUUGUAGCACUCUUUUUAACUGCAAUUGUCUUGGCCUCUAUCUGUCCCCUUAUAAAACAGCUCAGUGGCAUUCACAUACAAUGGUUUAGUGUGUCAGCCAUUCAUGGAGAGGUGUUAUCUGCUCAUAGUUGUAAAGUGGUUGUAAAAUGGAUUAUACCAUCAAAAGUGGUAAAGAGUGUAUCUUCUUUGAAUAAAACAAAUGAGUUCUCUGA